AUGAAUUUUCAUAGAAAAAGAGAAAGAACGGUGCUGCACAGCCUCAUAUCAAAGCAGAUAAACCCCACAGACUCUACGCCGCUUGAUGUUUGCGAGAUAAAGAAGUACUGCUACUACGGGUUUUCCAAUUCAUCGCUCAGGCCGAAGUACUGGAAGGUAUUUCUUGGAUACUACAGUAAGAACAAGUUCAAGACAGAAAUGUUUCUCAGAAACAUGAGGAACUCGUAUAGCUUCUAUGCAGAGAGAGUCGGAAGUGGGUUUGAGGGAGAAGAAGAGUGCUACAAGGUGAUUGACAACGAUGUUUCAAGGACAUUCAUUAAGCCAAGAACAGGCUGUGGAGGUUCCGAGGAAAAAAAGAGGUACUGCGAAUUUCUGGAUAGCGUAUCCCUGGGCUCUGGAGAAACACACAGAGAUGUGAUCAAGAGGAUACUGAAGUGCUAUGCAAUGUCAAACUCGUCUGUAAGGUAUGUCCAGGGCAUGAAUCUCAUCCUAAUAGCCAUAUACUAUGUGCUGUGCACAAGUGAUGAUGAGGAUGACAAGAAGCAUUGUGAAGAGGACUCUUUUUUCUGCUUUAACUCGCUGAUGGUUGAGAUAGGAGAUAACUUCAUAAGAGAUCUUGACCAAUGCAGCGGAGGGAUAAUGCACAGGAUGUCCAUGGUUAUGGAGAUAGUUAGAGGGGCGGACGAGGAGCUGUAUGCUAUGAUGAGAAGAAAGGGCUUGACGGAGGGAGGAUUCCACAUGAAGUGGAUACUGCUGAUGUUUAUGUCAUGCUUUGAAAUUGAGGAUGUCAUAUGGCUAUGGGACAGGUUUCUCAGCGAUACAUACAGAUUUGAGAUGGUGUUGUAUUGCUGUGCCUCUGCAAUAAUCAUAAUGAGGAAUGCUAUAAUCCAAGAAGACUUUGAUGUUUGUAUGGAGCUGCUCCAGAAGCCGUCUAUUGUGGGCGUGGAAACGAUGUUCAAUGUAGCAGAUCACUUGAGGAGAAGGAACUCGGAGGUCUUCAAGGAUAGAUAG